CGGGCCGACGGGGCGGCGGGGGAUCCUCCCCCAGCGAGGGGAGGGCUCCUGGACACGCGCGCUCCUGGUGACCCGGCGCCCUCAGAGCUGCGGUACCAUGGCACCCGUCAGUGGCCGGGGGACCAAGAAGGGCAUUUUGGAACGUCUGGAUGGUGGGCAGGUUGUGGUUGGAGAUGGGAGCUUUCUUAUAACUCUGGAGAAGAGAGGCUACGUGAAGGCUGGGCUCUGGACUCCAGAAGCUGUGGUAGAGCAUCCAAAUGCAGUUCGCCAGCUUCACAUGGAAUUCUUGAGAGCAGGAUCAGAUGUCAUGCAGACUUUCACCUUUUCUGCCAGUGAAGAAAAUAUGGAAAGCAAGUGGGAAGAUGUAAACACUGCUGCCUGUGAGCUUGCCAGAGAAGUGGCUGGCAAAGGGGACGCUUUGGUAGCAGGGGGGAUCUGCCAGACAUCAAUAUAUAAACGCCACAAGGAUGAAGCUAGAGUUAAAAAACUUUUUCGACUACAGCUAGAGGUUUUUACCAGGAAAAAUGUGGACUUCUUGAUUGCAGAGUAUUUUGAGCAUGCUGAAGAAGCUGUGUGGGCUGUGGAAGUCUUAAAAGAGUCUGGUAAACCUGUGGCAGCUACUAUGUGCAUAGGCCCUGAGGGAGACAAGCAUGAUGUAACACCUGGAGCAUGUGCUGUUAAGCUGGUAAAAGCAGGGGCUUCAAUCAUUGGUGUGAACUGCCGAUUUGGGCCUGCGACCAGCUUGAAGACCAUAAAGCUCAUGAUGGAAGGCCUCCAGGCUGCAGGGCUGAAAGCACACCUCAUGGUGCAGGCCCUGGGCUUCCACACGCCUGACUGUGGCAAAGGAGGGUUUGUGGAUCUCCCAGAAUAUCCCUUUGGUCUGGAGCCCAGAGUUGCGACCAGAUGGGAUAUUCAAAAAUACGCCAGAGAGGCCUACAACCUGGGGGUCAGGUACAUUGGCGGGUGCUGUGGAUUUGAGCCCUACCACAUCAGGGCGAUUGCAGAGGAGCUGGCUCCAGAAAGGGGCUUUUUGCCACCAGCUUCUGACAAACAUGGUAGUUGGGGAAGUGGCCUCAACAUGCACACCAAGCCCUGGAUUAGAGCCAGGGCUAGAAGAGAAUAUUGGGAGAAUCUGCUGCCGGCUUCAGGCAGACCUUUUUGUCCUUCACUGUCAAAGCCAGAUAUCUAAGAAGUAGUGAAAGAAAACACAGAAAUAAUAGAACAAAAAGAAAUCCCCCUCAAGCCCCAUCUGGACCCCUGCCUCGCCUUCAUCCCCAGUCUCCCCUGAUAUUUCCAGCCACUGAAGAGCUCAUGUGCUGCCGCCCCUUCAAUUAAUUCCACAUGACCCAUGUUGUGCUCCUGCUAUGUUUAAGCACCGAGCGAGCUGAAAGGUGCAGGAGAUGCGAAGAUGAUGAGAAAUACCCCUGUUCUCGGUGCUUACUGUCCAGCAAUACUGCAGCGCGUUGUUCUAAAGGUCAUCAAGAAUAGCAAAACUUGUCUUUUUAGGGUGAAUUUGAGAUUUUAAAAUAAUCAGAAGUCACUGAGCACCGAACCUAGUAAUUAAUUCAGGUGACUAAGCUAGGUGCUUGAGGAAGAUGGAGAGGCAUGCUAAAUUAAAGCAACGCAUCUGCUUUCCUUAAAUGAUUUGUAUAAUGACUCCAAAGGCAAUCUCAAAGGGAAAGAUGCAAAAACUGUGUUGAGCAAUGGCAGGAUUAUUGAAAUAAGUGUAUAAUAACCUUCCAAAGUGAUUCCUUUCAAAGCUGAUUUUACUUAAAGGUGCUAGAUCCUAGAAUUUUUUUAAUGUAUCUUUAUAAUCACACGUAGCUAGAUUAUAAACUAUUUAGGGACAAGGACCAUGUGAUAUGCUUCUUAUAUUUUUUCUUAUAGUAUUUAGCAUUGUGCUGGGCAUAAUAACAGAUGCUCAAUGAAAUACUUAUUGAUUGUUUAAAAUAAAUAAAAAGAAACCAUUUUAGAAGACCUUUUUAAGAGUCAGAGUUCAAAUCUAUGUUGGCCUAAUAUUUUCUUGAUUAAUAUUUAUUUGCUAUGUGCUGAUUUCUCUGUUUUUCAAAACAAUGUAUCAA